CUAGCCCCUUUAGAUUUGUACGACGAUCUUUUAUUUGAUUUUGUCCUUAUCGAGGAGGCGAGCCAUCAGCGAGCUCUUCGAGUGCACUUUCUUCCACAAAAUUUCGUCGCAAAAGCAAACAAAACUCUCAAUAAACAACGCCACCGUAAUCCCCAAAGUAGGUGCGUACUUCCGAAAAGCCGUCAAAAUUAAACCCCAAGAAGAGCAACAGCAGCAGCUGGCGGAAGAAAGGACGGAAAGAGAAAGUGUGUCGUCGUCCUCAGAGGACACUUCAUCGUCCUCUGCUUCCGCCAUACCGCUGCAUCAGCUGUCUACCGGAACCUCCCAGCAACAGGACCAGGGCUGUUCAUCACAUCAGCCCACGGACCAGGAGGACUCCAACGCAAACAGCGACUCAUUGUUGGUGAUUCAAAACGAAGACGCAGUUUCUGCUGUUGACGGAAUAGAAACCCCCCAGUAUCCUGAUACUAGGGAUAGUACGCCGGCAAGCACUAACGGACAAUCAGACCCAGAGCCGGAAGCCAGUUCCGAUAGUAGUACCAGCUGUGUACGGCACGGUAGUCCAUCAAAAAACACAAUGCCUGUCCGGGUUGACAUCGUACCGCCACCGCCUAACAAUUCGAAACAACUGGGUGUCACCAAAUCGCUCCUCUACAAUGGAUCCAAAUUCCGAGGAUUUCAGAAGUCAAAAGGCAACUCGUACGAGGUUGAAGUUGUACUGCAGCACGUGGACGAGGCCAAUUCGUACCUUUGUGGGUACCUCAAAAUAAUUGGACUGACGUUUGAGUUUCCCACACUCACAACCUUUUUCGAUGGGGAGAUAAUUUCGAAAAAGUAUCCCUUCCUCACGCGCAAAUGGGACGCCGACGAGGAAGUCGAUCGGGAGCAUUUUGGUAAAUUUGCCGCUUUUGUCGAUUACCAAAAGAAUUUCAACUCGGACGAGUUCGACUACGACGCUCUGCAGAAAAGCGAUUACGUGUUUAUGAGAUGGAAAGAGCAUUUCCUGGUACCUGAUCAUAAAAUAAAGGAUAUCUCUGGAGCCUCGUUUGCCGGAUUCUAUUACAUUUGUUUCCAGAAACCGCGGGCAGUAAUGGAAGGAUAUUAUUACCACAGAACCUCUGAAAAGUAUCAAUCGCUCACCCUGGAGCACGUCCCCGAGUCCUGCAUUCAAAUCUACGAGUUCAGAUAAGUAUAUUUCUGGAGGGUCUGAAUGUCUCAUUCUACAAUUAUAAAGCGAAGCGAAAAUCUACAUCACCUGCUAGGUAGAUUGACAAACAAAUUUUAUUGAUCUUUUAAAUUAUCUGUAAUAGCUUUUAUUUGGUCAUACCACUGAUGUUUACGUAAUCAACAUGCAUUGAGUACAUUUCACAACAUACGCAGCUAAGGAAGUUACAAUCGUGCCAGUAGGGUUUUCUACGAUAGAAGGCAUUUAAUGCUCUCGCAAUCCCGUUGAAUGAAAAAGAUAGAAUCUUAAAUGAGUUCUCUGGUAGAGUGACCACUAGGUAGCCUUAAGCUAAUGUCUAGUAACGCCCGUUUUAUAUUUUGAAAUACUUGACAUGCGUCGUCUAAAUCGAUUACUGAUACUAUUAAUUAGAGCAUAUAUUGAAUAAACUAUUUCGAUAGUUAAAAUAAAUGAACAAUAGCUAUUCUCGAUUUUAACUGCUAAUCGAUGUAUCAAACAUCUUUGGUAGAACAACUAGCGCAAAAACGGUUCUCCACCCCGUUUGGCAUGAUGACCUGUUGGCUGAAAUAGAAUUAAAAACCUCCAAAGCUUGCUGACAUAACAAUCUAAUUAUUUCAUGAAAUACAUUUCAUAAGUUCAACAAUCUGCGCAACAAAACUACACAAAAAAUACAUCCUAUACAAAAUUAAUAAAAAUUAUCACAUAUCUAACGGUCAUUAUGUCAAAGCGGGGUAUAGACCAACAAUAACGUUGCAACAACAUGUUGAACCUAAUGCAUAAUACACUCUACUUAUAUUUUAAGAAUUCAUGAAUGAGCGUUUUUUCGUCCCACAAAAAAAUAAUCAAAAAAUAAUAAACUUACUAUACUAAAAUAUAAUACAAAGCACUACCUGAAUGCCAUGUUAUUAACUUUACGGAUUAUUUAAUAUGUAAUUUUGUACUAGCGUAUGAGAAUGGAAAUAAUAAUCACAAUACUUAAGUCGAUCGAACGUUAAACCAUUAAUAUCGGUGAUCGAGGAUAAUACAUUUGGAUGUAUAGAAAAUGCAAGAUGCAAAAUUCAGCCGCCGAGUUGUAGAAUGGGGCAUUUUUCAAGCGCAAUAAAAUUCUAUUAAGUUACGAAAUUUGAACCGGUAAAUAUUGUAUAACAUCAUGACAACUGGUACGGUGCGAAAUAUGCACGAUUUGGAAUCUUGACUAAGUUGUCUGGAUUUUAACUAAACCAUCUAUUACAUGAAUUGGGAAAGAGAAGUUCGAGUGUGCCCUUCCUGUAAAGAAGGGAUUCCAAUAGUGCUCUCAAAAAGUGAAAGAUUUGCUUACGUGGUGUACAAUGGUAUUGACAGACGCAUAAAUAACGAACUACCUUAAUUCCAUAAAAAUAUAUAUUCAAAUGCUGUUUGGGUCAAAAGUUUCGUAUAUAUUUUCAAUAAAAAUUAAUAUUCGCACUUAAAAAUGUGCGCACACACA